CAACGCUGCCCAACUCCCCUGCCUCCCCCGGGCGGAACCGACCUGGGCUAGCGACGCCGGUGGAACCUAAGAACGCUUCUGUCCGGGCCUGACCGAGCACUUCCGUAAACGGGCCGGAAGUUGGCGUUGUCCGGGAGACACGGGCCUAGGCGGAAGGGUUGGUAGCUAGCUUUGGGCGGAGAAAGGGUCGAGUUGAAGGCCGAUUAUUAGUCCUUUGCCCCUUCCUCGGGAGUAGGAGCCGCGGCGGGGGGCUCCCGAAAUACGACGCAAGUCGGAAUGGCGGUGCAGGCAGCGCACCUGGAGGCCGACGCCUUCUUGGUCUGCUUGAACCACGCGCUGAGUACUGAGAAAGAGGAGGUCAUGGGCCUUUGCAUUGGAGAGGUUGACACUAGCCGAAUUGUUCACAUUCACUCUGUGAUCAUCCUACGCCGGUCAGAUAAGAGAAAAGAUCGUGUGGAGAUUUCGCCAGAGCAGCUUUCGGCUGCUUCAACAGAAGCAGAGAGAUUGGCUGAGUUAACAGGACGGCCCAUGAGAGUCGUGGGCUGGUAUCAUUCUCAUCCCCACAUAACAGUCUGGCCAUCGCAUGUAGAUGUCCGCACACAAGCGAUGUAUCAGAUGAUGGACCAAGGCUUUGUGGGGCUUAUCUUCUCCUGUUUCAUUGAAGACAAAAACACAAAGACAGGCCGGAUUCUGUACACCUGUUUCCAGUCCAUUCAAGCCCAAAAGAGCUCAGAGUAUGAAAGGAUUGAAAUUCCUAUUCAUGUCAUCCCUCACCACACCAUUGGGAAAGUGUGUCUCGAGUCAGCUGUGGAGCUGCCCAAGAUCCUGUGUCAAGAGGAACAAGAUGCUUACAGGAAAAUCCAUAGCCUUACGCAUCUGGAUUCGAUCACCAAGAUCCACAACGGCUCAGUGUUCACUAAGAAUCUCUGCAGCCAGAUGUCUGCCAUCAGUGGUCCUCUGCUGCAGUGGCUGGAGGACCGCUUGGAGCAAAACCAACAGAGGAUGCAGGAAUUGCAGCGGGAGAAAGAGGAGCUCCUAGAAGAACUGGCUGCCUUGGAGUGACAAGAACAAAGGCCUCAUGGCCUAGGAAACGAAGCAGCAGCUGUGUGUGCCUGAGCUUGGCAUGGCUUGCUGCUUCUCCAAUCUCUCCCAUCUUGCAGGAAAUGCUGGCACAAAAUGAGAAGGACCCUGGGCACCAGCAUAAUGGUGUUUUAGGGGUAAGGUGGGGUUGGGUUGUCUGCUGAGUGUGGCAGCAAACAUUGGACAAUAAUGUUGUUUCACAGAUCAUUGACCUUUUUCACACAACGGCCCUCUGAGCUAAGUGUGUUUGGGAACGGAACGGGGGCUUAUAUAGGCUUGCCCCUGCCUUGACGCACAACUGGUAGCAGCUAACUAACCCGUACUUGUCUGUGUAUUAGCCACAUUGGUAAGAUUAUAGAGACCUGUGUUUUUAUGCUUUGCUCCAGUUGAAAAAAAUAUUAUCCAUGUCUCUAUUAAGCUUCUAAAAACUCCAAUGGGAGUUUUUAUCAUUCAACCAAUGAUGCUCACCCAGCGAGAGUUGUGCCUGUUAUCUGUCUUUCAGGCGAAAUAAAGUUGAAGAGAAGAUUUUAGAACUGUACUGACGGCAGCACCUUUUGAAUGCUUCUCCCUCCUAGUGCACUCUUCCCCUCCAUGCUGUCAUCUUAACAGAGUAUCCCUGAUCUUUAGAAUUACAAAAUGAUGCCGCUUAGAGAUUGGAGCACACCUGAAAAAGAAAGGAAUGGUGCAAACAGUGUACAGUAUUGUCACGUUCUCUCUCUUCAUAAUGAAGUUUUGUUCAGAACCAUUUGAAAAAUCUCUGCUGGAUGAGAUCAUCUUAGAAGGCUUUUUCUUCUAAGGUGUCCUAUAGCUGUAUGUCUCAUGGAGCACAGCUGAGCUAAGUUGGAUUCUUAAAAAGGAAGAGCUGUUCUCUUUGGAGAGAAAAAGAGGGGAAUCUGCAUAUGGCAAAAUGUGCUUGUCCCUGUUUGUGUUUAAUGCCUAAAGUAGGGAUGGGGAACCCAGAUGAUGUUGGACUCCAUCUCCCAUCAGCCCCAGCCCAGCUUGACCAGUGCUCAAAGAUGAGAGGAGUUGUAAUCCAGCAACAUUUGUACAAAUAAUAGUUUUUCUCCCUCCAGAGACCUGGAAGUGACAUUGCAGUGGUAUACAGUUGUGUUUGGAGUUUUUCUCUGGCAUUCAGUUACAUAAACUUUGCAAGUUCUCACUUUUAAAAGCCAGUACUAAAAUAGAUCUGAUCGUUUUGGUGUGAGUAUCAUGGGCACCUAGUGAAUGGUGACUCUGAGUAACACAGUGGCUCCGUUCUGCUGUGGAGGAAGUAGAGCUCUCCAUGAGGUCUGCUAUGUCCACUACACACAGCAUAACUGAGAAAUCUGCGUACAUUGACCACGCUCAUCUUAGUUGUGGAGACACUUCUGCAGAAGAAGCAGCUGAGUUGCUGCAGGGCAUGGUGAUGAGCCUAACCUUUUUCUCUUGGGCUGACUCUGCUGUACAUCUCCCCCACCCUUUGAGAGGCUGGUAAGGAGUGUAUGGGAUAGUAACAUCUCUGUUCCUGACUGCUGAAGGGUACUUAACUCUGCUCUAGAAAUUUCACUAGCUGUUCUCCACACAUUUUUUAAUCUCCUUGCAUCCAUAAGGACUAAAAACUUGCUUUGAAAAAUAAAAUAAAAAUAAAACCCCCAACUCUCAACAUGCUAAAUCCUAUAUCUUUCAUGAAAUGUUUUGCUUGCAUUAUUUACUCGGGAAUCACAGGAUUUAAACAGUCACAGAUAUAGUUAUAUUCCAUCAUUUGUUUCACCACUUGCCUUCAUCUGAAGAUUGGGAGGUGGCAUUCCUUCAUUCUGCAGUCACCUCCUUCCCUCUGGUCCUCGACUUGCUUGUGGUGCUGCUGAGCAUGAACCUUUAAAGUUCUUCAGGAUCAGAUGAAAGUGAUCAUUUUCACUUUUUCCUGUAGCCACCUGCUUCUUGAAGAUAAGAGCCAUGGGGCUGAAGAGCUGAUAGAAAAUGUCUUGAAAGGUCAGCUGUGGCUGCAGUUUCUCACAGCAGCAUCUCUGACAAAGUAGCUAGUACUCUCUUAAUCCCACUUGUGAUCAUGUGGAAACUGCAACCAGGCCUGGCUAGGGCUACUUCUUGCCCCCUCCCUUUUUUUCUAUUCCAGCUUAUGUAUGCAUGUUGAAACUGAGCACAUUUAUGCCUGACACAGCAAUUAGUCUUCCAGGGGGUUAUGAUUGUGUGUCGGUCUCUUCUCAUCUCCAGAACUGAUGCAGGUCCCCCCCCGCUUCACUGUCAAGAAAGUGGUUCAGCAAUGAGUGAUAGGAGAAAUGGAAGUGGCAAAGUGGCUGAUGAUUGGUCUUCAUGGGUCAAGAACUUGAGAACUGAGAUGGUGAUGUCACUGUUUAAAAUGGCAGAUUAGCCUGGGAGCCCACUCUAGUGGUGAGAUACUAAUGACUUUUAGUAUCUUUUAGUAGACUUUUAGUGAGCAAAAAUGACUUUUUAAAAGUAUUAAGGUCUGUUCAUAGUGGGAUCAGGUGUGACAUGCAACAAACACCACAGAUCCAAGGAACAAGAUUAAAAGCAUGUUUUGGUGUAUAGGAGUCCUAGAGGGUUAAUGAACUAAUUGAUGUUAAGAGUCUGGCAAUGGCCCAGAAAGUGGUGUGAAUACAGAGGAGUAGGAACCUCUUACUGAUAUUCUGAAUUAAUUUAGGCAGGAUUUAUCUGAGGAAUAAAUUACUGCAAUUAAGCAUUUAAAAGAAGGAAAAAAGGCUUUCAAAACAUAAGAUAUUUCAAAGGCAGUUGACCUACACAUUUGAAUUUGUUUCCCUGGGUUCCUUUGGAAGGGUGGGAUGCAAAUUUUAAUAAUUAUAAUAAUAUGAGAUACAUGGAUGGCAUUAAAGUCCUGCAAAACAUCACACCGGAUCUGCAUUUUCACCUGCUAGAUUGGGAAGACCACUGCAAAUGUAAUUUGAAGAUUUGUGCAAUCCUAGAAUCUUUUGAAGGUACCAAUUCAGCAUGGUUCUUUGUGAAAUAGCUGAAUACCCUAUUUUCAGAUUUGCUGAAUAGCCUAUUCCUAGAUUUGCCUAUUGAGCUACAUGACGUGGAGAGAUUGCAUAGGUCACUCUACCCAAAGCCACCUCAGGAACCUAAACCUCAGGACAUUAUUGGAAACUUUGCAAGAGAUCUAGUAGAGGAGCUGACAUUGCACAAAGCAAGGGAAAUGGCUGAAGUUGAAUGUGGGGGAGAGGAAAAACAAUCCUGAUCCUGACGGUAAUGAAAAAGAUGACUGCAGCUGGAAGUGACAGGAGAAUUUUGCCCCCCAGCCAGAAUGAUGAGGUUUUCUCAGCAGAUGGUUCAAAAUGUGACCUGGUGCUGCUCCAUUUGCUCUGUGCUACUCCCAAAUCUGAUCUCUUGGCUCUUGCUGUCAGAUGCAUAUAAAAAGUAGAUCAUGGCAUACAAAUUUGACAUAUGCCACUCUCAACAGCGUAAGAAGAGACAUAAAUUCAUGCAUGCACAGACAAUGGGUUGCUUCCAUUGUUAGUUCUACUUGGCCAGCCUUUCCCAACCUUUGGGUUCCCAGAUGUUGCUUGACUACAGUUAGAAUCAUAGAAUAGUAGAGUUGGAAGAGGCCCAUAAGGCUAUUGAGUUCCUAUAAUCCCUGACCAUUGGCCAUUCUGGCAGGGGCUGAUGGGAGUUGUAGUCCAGCAACAUCCAAAGACCCAAAGGUUAGGAAAAGCUGGAACAGAUCCACUGAAAUUGAAGGGCAUGACUAACUUAGGUCCAUAGGAUUGUAUUUUGUCAGGCUGCAGUCUUAUGCAUGAAAGCAGGCCUCAAAGGGGAGAGUGGCUCUUAGCUCUCGGAAAACAGCCAUAGGAUUGCGCUGUGAAAGUUUGAAGGAUUUUUUUUUUAAAAAAAGCAAUAAAUAAAAAGAAAGUCCUGUGCGUUUCCCACUAGUUAUCGUUCCUAUACCAAAUUAUGUGCCCAGAAAAUCUGGAUUCUG